CCGCCCCUGAGUCUGGAGCAGCAGCAGCAGUGGAGCUUCACUGCCUCUCCUCGCCUCACAGUGCGGGAAUAUACCAGCGGAGAGCGGAAUGGAUACGGAAGGGAGCCAGAGCAGCCUGUCCUCCGGCACGGACAACUCCCCCCACGACCCCUGCAAAAUGUUCAUCGGGGGUCUGAGUUGGCAGACAACACAAGAGGGCUUGAAGGAGUACUUCUGUAAAUUUGGCGAGGUGAAGGAGUGCAUGGUGAUGCGGGAUCCCGUUACCAAGCGGUCGAGGGGGUUUGGGUUUGUAACAUACGCAGAACAAGCCGGUGUGGAGAAGGUUUUGGCGCAAAACAGACACGAGUUGGAUUCCAAAACGAUCGACCCGAAGGUGGCGUUUCCCCGCCGGGCUCAGCCUAAGCUGGUGACCAGGACAAAGAAGGUCUUUGUCGGAGGACUGUCAGUCAAUACCACCAUCGAAGAUGUGAAGCAUUACUUCGACCAGUUUGGAAAGGUCGAUGAUGCCAUGCUUAUGUUUGACAAAACAACCAACAGACACAGAGGCUUUGGCUUUGUCACCUUUGAGAAUGAAGACGUGGUGGAGAAAGUGUGUGAGAUCCAUUUCCAUGACCUCAACAACAAAAUGGUGGAGUGUAAGAAAGCCCAGCCCAAGGAGGUGAUGACGCCGACAGGCUCAGCCAGAGGCCGCUCCAGAGUGAUGCCCUAUGGGAUGGACGCCUUCAUGCUGGGCAUCGGCAUGCUGGGUUACCCAGGUUUCCAGACUGCUACCUACACCAGCCGUAGUUACUCUGGAAUUGCUCCUGGUUACACUUACCAAUUCCCAGAAUUCCAUUUAGAGAGGACCCCCCUCCUGACAUCAUCCCACCCCCAUGAGCUGGCAGCCAUUCCCCUGACUGCAUAUGGACCAAUGGCAGCAGCCGCAGCAGCAGUAGUUAGAGGCUCCACCCCUUCACGCACAGCUGGUUUCCUGAGCACGGGCAGCCCUGGACCAAUGGCUGACCUGUAUGCUGCAGCCAACCAGGACUCAGGAGUCAGCAGCUACAUCAGUGCCGCUAGCCCCGCCCCCAGCACAGGAUUUGGCCACGGUCUAGGGAACGUGUCUCCACUCACUUGGUCUGUGUAUCCCCAGGGACCUCUGAUUGCUACUGCGUUCACUAAUGGCUACCACUGAGAAGACUCAGGUCACUGAAGAUGGGUGGGCCUCUCUUCUGCUGAUGAGCCAAUCAAAAUGCUGUCUGCCCUCUGAUGGCACAACCCGAUUGGACGGCCACAGGCUCUUCCUGGCUCUCCUGGCUCCCUGUGGCUUCACCCACUGACUGAAUAUCUUUUUAAAAUCCCGAACUCUGAUUUGCUGUACUAAUCUCACUUCAACAUAACCUCCCUCGUCUCUCCUCUUUUGUCCUCAUGUAGUGUAAUAACUAGACCCCCACCCCUCUGUUAUCCAUUAUUUUCUUUUGAAGCUGAGGAAAGAGAUCUGCAAAAAAAAAAAAAAAAAAAAAAGAAAUCUCGGAAGCGUUUGUCAAAGUCACAGAGGACAAUGUUGAGUUUUUUUUAAUUAUUAUCUUAUUUCAAUGUGAUACUCGUUUCAUUAUGAAAUCCUUUUAAGCUGUUACUGAUGUGAACAGAGAGAGAAAAAGCCUUGCGACAUGGGUCUUUGUCUGAAAACCAUUUUUAACAAAGGAAGAACAAAAUCCAACAAACUCCUGUUUUUAACUCAAGCAUCACGGAAACAUGAAAAAAAAAAACUAAACUAAAAUGUAUAUUUUGGUAGUCUUUAAAAACAAAACCUUUGUAAUAUUGUUAUUAAUAUUGACAUAAUAAUGAUAAUAUGUAAGGUAUUUUAUUCUGUAAUUAGUUUUAAAGCAAUGUUUUUAUGACUGUAAGAUAUUGUAAAUAGACGUUGGGUUGGGGGGUCGGGGUUUGAAGGGGUUACUGAACUGGCUCGCAUGUCAUUGGUUGGUUUGGAAAGGGUUAAUAGCUAUUUGAUUGGCUGUCAUUUACUACUAUGUGUGGCCAUCUCACUAUUUUAAUCAGUACGCAUAUGGUAUAUGUGUACGUUGUUGGCCAGUCGGCUCCAGCGAUGCUUCAGCUCAGCACUGUCGACGAUAGCUGUUGAGAAAUAACACUUCCAGGAGUUUGUUUAGCACACUCUUUCAGUUCAAUACAUUUUGUCACAUACUCAUCCCUUUGUUUGCUUUGCUUCUUGGGGAAAAAAAAGCAACUUUGACUUUGAACUUUUAACACCAUGAUGAACCAGAUUUCUUGCAUCUUCAUGAACACUCCUUCAGAUUAAGAUGACGGACUACGGAAGUAUCACAACCUUUAAACAGGAGAAAUCAGGGGUUCACGGGGUCGGGGGUUGACUUGACUUCCUCUUUUUUUGAAAAUAUGAUAUAUAUAUUUUUUGCGCGAUUCACUUCUUAAUGUUUUUUGUUUUUAUUGUUUACUUUUUUUUUUAAAUAAUUCUUUUAUGCGGUGUUCUCCACUGGGAAAACAAAUGAAGGACAUUCUCAGAGAAGCAAUUGUAGAAAACAUCACAAUCAUGUUCUGUCUUCUUAUCGCUUUUGAAGGUGCAUGUGAUUGCGUCUGAGCGUGUGUGAGUGAGUGUUUGUGCGCGUACAUCAAGGUGUAAUAUGGAACUACUUUUGGCAACGAAGGAGCAUUUCGAUUGCCACUUUUUUUGGUACUAAAAAAAAAAGAGAAAAAAAAGCACCCUGUUCCAUUGUGGCUGAUCUGCUCCUCUCCCCCGCCUCCCUCCCAUUUCAUAUUUAGGUUUAACAAAUUUGUACUCCUCUGGAACCAACAUAUUGUUUCUAUACAGUUGCUGCUCCGUGUAGUGGUGAACAGAGGGGGGAUUGGGCAGGGAACCAACUAAUGGAACAGGGUUCUCGCUCCCAGUCGGCUCUGAUACAGGACCUCAGUACAGACGACACUGGCUGGCAAGGAAAGUCAAAAAGCUGGAACCAAUUCAACAUUUGCAAAAACAAGUAGGCUGUUUGUUCAGCCUUCUUGCUGCAGCCUGUUUGAUGUUCAGCACAGCGGAAAACUUCCUGAUCCAGCUGGUUGUUCCUCUGUCAGAGCACCUGGGACACGACAUAAAACUACUGCUGGACACCAACACUGUAACUUUUUAACUUACAAUAAAGCAAUAAGUUAUUUUUUACCUUACAAAUGAAAAUAGUACUAUUAUUGGUAAUAGCAGACGACGCGACGUGUGGAUAAUUCUGCGGCAUUACGACUUAUUUUCAGAAAAAAAAAAAAGAAGAAAUUAUAUUUUUCUGUUUUGAGAUCUUGUUCCCCUUGUAUAUUGAUUUUAAUGCUGUCUUUUGUUGUGCUGAUGUAAGGAAAAGGGCCAACGCUUUGAGUGGAGCUUGUAGCUCUAUAUGAGCUCAGUUAAAGUUUAAGAUUUGGGCUGUCCCCCGCCAAGCUUUACAGCAAUGCUUUUCUUUUUUUUUUCUUGUUUUCUUUUUCUGAUAUUUUCAAUUUUAAAAUCCUAAUAAAUUAUUCUAAAGCA